GAUCUUCAUAGAAAACAAAAAGAAGUUAGAGUAGUUUUACUACGUACAUUGUAUUAUUUAAAUGGCUAAUCUAGCAGCUUCCUCUUGCCUCCUCUCAUGUCUCCUUGUUUUGUUCUUAAGUUCAGUCUCAGCAGUCGCUGAUGAAGAUAAACAGGUGUAUAUAGUCUACAUGGGUUCACUUUCCUCUCGAGCGGACUAUAUGCCAACGUCCGAUCACAUGAAUAUUCUUCAAGAGAUCAUCGGAGAAAGUUCGAUGGAAGGACGUUUGGUGAGAAGUUACAAGAGGAGUUUCAACGGUUUCGCAGCCAGGCUCACUGAGUCAGAACGUAUAAGAGUUGCCGAAAUGGAGGGAGUUGUGUCAGUGUUCCCAAACAAGAUGUUACAACUCCAAACGACCACGUCUUGGGACUUCAUGGGCUUAAAGGAAGGAAAAAGAACAAAGAGGAACCCUACCGUGGAAAGUGAUACCAUUAUUGGAGUUAUCGACAGUGGGAUCACGCCGGAAUCUCAGAGUUUUUCCGGCAGAGGCUUUGGUCCUCCUCCAAAGAAAUGGAAAGGUGUUUGUUCCGGCGGCAAAAACUUCACCUGCAACAAUAAGUUGAUUGGGGCAAGAGACUACACAACCGAAGGUCCUAGGGACAUUUCAGGCCAUGGUACACACACGGCUUCCACAGCGGCUGGAAAUGCAGUCGUGGACACGAGUUUCUUUGGAAUCGGCAAUGGAACAGUAAGAGGUGGCGUUCCGGCCUCUAGAAUCGCCGCUUACAAAGUCUGCACCGAUACAGGGUGUAGCUCGGAAGCUCUUCUGGCUGCGUUCGAUGACGCGAUUGCUGACGGUGUGGACCUCAUCACCAUCUCUAUUGGGUUUAAAUUCGCGUCCAUGUUCGAAGAUGACCCGAUCGCGAUCGGAGCUUUUCACGCUAUGGAUAAAGGUAUUCUCACUGUAAGUUCUGCGGGUAAUAGCGGUCCAAAUCCCAACACAGUCUCGCAUGUUGCGCCAUGGAUCUUGACCGUUGCAGCCAGCACCACCAACCGUGGGUUUAUCACCAAAGUUGGUCUUGGAAACGGCAAAACACUUGUCGGGAAGUCAGUGAAUGCUUUCGAUAUGAAAAGAAAGAAGUACCCUCUAGUGUACGGUAAAUCUGCAGCUUCCUCUGGUUGUUCCGCAAAAAAUUCCAGGCUUUGUGCGCCAUCGUGUCUAAACCAAAGUCGUGUGAAGGGAAAGAUCUUAGUGUGUGAUGGUCCGAGUGGUUUCAAGAUAGCUAAAUCAGUUGGAGCUAUUGCAAUCAUUUCUAAAACCCCUAGACCAGACGUUGCAUUCACUCACCAUUUACCUGCCUCUGGUUUAAAUGCAAAAGACAUGAAGUCUCUCGUCUCUUACAUUGAGUCCGAAGAUUCUCCACGAGCGGCUGUUCUAAAAACGGAAACAAUCUUUAAUCAGACAUCUCCUGUUAUCGCUUCCUUCUCUUCUCGCGGUCCAAACACCAUCGCUGUUGAUAUUCUCAAGCCGGAUGUAACAGCACCAGGAGUGGAGAUCCUUGCUGCAUUUUCACCUGAUGGUGAACCGUCCGAAGAUGACACCAGACAUGUGAAGUACUCUGUUUUCUCUGGAACUUCAAUGUCCUGUCCGCACGUUGCAGGUGUGGCUGCGUAUGUCAAGACGUUUCACCCUAAAUGGUCUCCUUCCAUGAUUCAAUCUGCCAUCAUGACAACUGCUUGGGACGUAAAGGCUAGGGGACGUGGCAUCGCAUCGACCGAGUUUUCUUAUGGAGCUGGCCAUGUCGACCCGAUAGCCGCUUUAAAUCCUGGACUUGUCUAUGAAUUAGACAAAGCUGACCACAUAGCCUUCCUCUGUGGCAUGAACUGCACUUCGAAGACCCUUAAAAUCAUCUCGGGUGAUAACGUCAAGUGCUCCAGAAAAAACAAAAUCUUGCCCAGAAACUUUAACUACCCUUCAAUGUCGGCUAAAUUGUCAGGAUCCGCUAGCACCUUCACUGUGACUUUCAACAGAACCUUGACCAAUGUCGGCACGCCAAACUCAACAUACAAAUCAAAGGUCGUCGCAGGUCACGGAUCUAAGCUUAGCGUCAAGGUCACGCCUAGUGUUCUGUAUUUUAAGACAGUGAACGAGAAACAAUCUUUUACGGUCACUGUUACAGGCAGGGACCUCGACUCGGAAGUCCCUUCGUCCGCAAAUCUAAUUUGGUUUGACGGUACACAUAAAGUGAGAAGUCCCAUUGUUGUUUACGAAAUGAUUGUUGAUGAGUCAUGAUUAAUUCACACCAUCGUCAAUCUCAAAUAAAUCUUUAUUGUCUUUGUAACGUUUCUUCAUUUUAUGUUUGAGUUGUUUUAUUGCUCUAUGAUGUUUCAGCUUCUUAUUGCUGAUAAGAGAAAUGUACAAGGUGCUUGAUCGAUGUCA